UUUUUUGACAGUGUUUGACAGGCGCGAUGUCAAGUCGUUGUGCUUAAACCUUUUCCCCGGUCGAUUUCUUUCUUUCGUCGGGGAGUCCAGACGAUGUUAAUUCAGCGUCCGGAGCUUUUUUGAGGCUGAUAUUAUGUCAGAAUUCAGUUGAAAACGCUUCCGUGGUCUGUAAAGAAAGCUCGCGCGCUAGCCGUGAACUUCCUCCAAGCGUCUUUGAAUAAGGAAGUAGCUCAGUUAGCCAGCUAGCUAGCUCACGACAUGUAAACAUCGUAAAUGGAGGGUGUGUCCGAGUGAAUAGUUUUUUUCCUGAUUUUUUUUUUUUCUUCUUCCUAGUGAUUGUUUUUGGGGGGAGAGAAUGGGCGACGCGGCGAAAGUUCAGCGUCGGGAGCAGUUAAAGCGAUGGAACGGCUCCUCUACGGACAGACAGCCGGCCGCGCCGCGGAGACGCUGGCGGGAUGAAGAGGAGGAUAACCGGGAAGAUGGAGCGCAGUUCGGAGACGGACACCCGGCUGACCGGCAACACGUCAAACGAAGGAGGCAUGUUCGAUUUGAGAGGACGGCGGAGUUCCUGGCUGUCUGUGCCAGCGGCGACACCGAGGAGGCGAAGGAGAUGCUGAACGAGGUGCGAGUUAUAAGUGAUGGGGACAAAACUUCUGGAGAAGACGUGGUCAACUGUUCCAAUGCCGACGGAAUCACAGCACUGCACCAGGCCUGCAUCGAUGGUAGUAUCGAGGUGGUGGCUUUCCUCUUGUCUCGAGGUGCUAACGUAAACCAGGUGGACAACGAGGGCUGGACCCCACUUCAUGUCGCAGCUUCCUGUGGGAACACGGAAAUUGCUGAAUACUUGCUGCAGGAGGGUGCAUGUCUGAGCUUGGUGAACUGUGAUGGCGAUGUACCGUUAGACAUCGCUGAAGAUGAAGCUAUGGAGGCACUACUUCAGGAGUACACUCUGAAACAGGGUGUGGAUGUGGAGGCAGCUAAGCGAUUGGAGGAAGAGUUGAUCAUGCGCGAUGCCCGUGGUUGGCUUACAGAUGGCGUGCCUGCUGACCUGCACCACCCCUGGACCGGAGCCACACCCCUCCAUGUUGCGGCUGCUAAGGGCUACCUUGAGGCCAUCAAGUUGCUGUGUCAGUGUGGCCUGGAUGUGUCUGCUAAAGAUGGGGACGGUUGGACUCCGCUGCACGCUGCAGCCCACUGGGGUCAGAGCGAGGCCUGUCGGCUCCUUGCAGAGCAACUGUGUGAUAUGGAGGCUCGCAGCAAUGGGGGUCAGACUCCAUUUGAUGUGGCUGAUGAAAGUGUGGAGGCCUUGCUGGAGGAACUACUGCAGAGACAAGCUAGUUGGCGAACCGAACAGGCCAUUAAGGAUAAACAGAACGCACAAGCGUCCGCAAACGGCAACGCUGCCAAAAAACGCAGGAGCUCGGUGUGUAGGAUGAGCAGCCGAGAAAAGAUGAGCGUGCAGGAUCAGUCAAAGGAGCGAGGAAUCUCUGGAGGCCUGGAGCUAAACGAGGAGAGAGAGAGCAGUCCCGAGACUUCCACAGUGUCAAGUCCGGAUACAGAAAGCAUCACUACCUCCACGGUCAGCCCUGCUGACAAGACCCCUGAAGAGAAGGAAGCGGAGGAGAGAGAGCAGGAGCGAGAGAGCCGUACUGCUCGUGUUCCUCCCACUCUGCAGAGAGGCGACUCUGCCCCAGAGAGCCCCAGCGGUCCCUCUACCGACGGCAAGAAAUACCAGGCUCCAGUCCGAGAUGAGGAGUCAGAGUCUCAAAGAAAAGCUCGUUCACGUCUCAUGCGCCAGUCACGACGCUCCACUCAGGGAGUGACCCUGACAGACCUUAAAGAGGCAGAGCGAACUGUUAAUAGGACAUCUGAACCUCAGCCCAGUCUUCAGACUGUCAGUCCUGUUGUCACGGUAACGCCAGCAGAGAGAGACACCGAGCCUGUGAAGGCCUCCAGCUCAGAGGGAGACUCCAAAAUGGGUGCGAGAGAUCGCCGUAGAGCAAGGAGAGAGAGACGAUCCACUGGCAUCGCCGCACUUACAGGAGAGACAGAGGACUUGGAUGCCAACGAAUCGAUGUGUGCAGACAGCACCUCAAGUGACACCCAGCAAGGAGAUGCAAAAUCGUUGUCAUCACUGGAUUUCAGAAAGCUGUAUGUGGAGGUGCUGAAGGAGAAUGGCAUUCUGAGGGAGAAGCUCCAGGAGACACAGCUACAACUCAGUGAAUGUAAAGUGGAGCUCGAGCGACUCAGACAGAGCCAGGAAAAUGGUUGUGACCGCCCUGCUCUACUGGAACUAGAGAAAUUCGAGAAGAAAGCACUCGAGAGGAAAGCAGCAGAGCUUGAAGAUGAGCUUAAGGUUCUUGUUGAUCUUCGUGUCGAUAACCAGAGGCUGAAAGACGAGAACGCUGCUCUCAUUCGUGUCAUCAGCAAGCUGUCCAGAUGAGCCUGCCAUUCCCACCACUAUUCCCUGAAACCACCAGGUGGCAGCACUGCCCAUCUCUUUCCCCAGAACAAACUGGAAGAACGCUCUUCUCUUUCUGCGCGGCCAUAAUGCACUGCACAUGUGCGUGUUUUGUGUGUGGUCUUUCUCACCCCUCCUCUCCCCCCGGGUGGCUAAACUACUGUUCUCCAAAUUAACCUGCGCACAAAGAUGAACAGGCCUAGCUGCAGUCCAACCCUCAGUUAAACAGCACACCAACUUGAGGAAAUUCUAGACCUCUGAUUACACCAGGUCUGAUUUCACUUGUUCCAGGACUCAAGAACGGUAACACAUUACUUGAACUCAGCGUCACGAGACCGAUCAGGUCAUAAACACAGUCAGAAUUAUAUCCAAAUUAUGUAACAGUGUCAUGUGACCGUUAUCAGUAAUCAUGAUUAUAACUGCCAGUUUGUUUGAUGGCAUGAUCGCACGGCACAUGCUCUCGAGUUAGCGCAUAUUUUGAGUAUUUGGGGCAAAUCAGAAGUUUAUAUUUCAUGUGCUCAAUCGAAUACUUUAUCGUUUCUAUAGUCACGAGUCAAUCACACAGAGCUGUAUGGUGGAUGGCCACAUAAUCUUAGUUUAAGAUUUCCUUUACAGAAAAAAUUUCACAUUUUUGGUGUCAGAACUUUUAAGAAUUAUAGGAGAGUGCUCAGGACAAAAGACUGUGGUUUCGCGGUAACACGGCAAGCUGCUUUUUUUUUUUUUGUAUAAAUUUUUUUUUUGGGGGGAGAGGCUGGACAGGAAACAAGUGUUUUAUAGCUGCGGUGAUAACAGGAGCUAUCUUGUGUUUCAUGGACAUUCCAUAAGAUAUGUAUCUAUAAAUAAAUAAAUAUGGCCAUUUUUAAAAAAGUGGAAAUUUUGGCAAAUUAUUGUGGUGUAAGUGGGAGGAAAAACCAGUUCAGGAUGUGCUGUUAUUGGAAAAUAAUCAACUUCAGGGUGGUAACUGUAACUUUAUUUUGUGUUGGGCUGCAUCACACCAAACUAUUAUUGACUAUUUUCUUGUAUGCGUAUGAUUUUUAUCUUACAUGGCACUAUUACAUCACUGUAGUAUUAGCUUAAGACAGCAUAUGUACUGCUGUGUUUAUGACCUGUUCAUGCCCGUAUGAUGACGUGGGGUUCAAGUAACAUGUUUUCUGAAAGACAUACUUGAAGUACAGCAGGAUGGAGAUGAAAUGCAGGGUGCUUUUGUUCCAUAUAUUUAAUUAGAUCUCGUUCUUUCUUGUGCACUGUUCUCGUAUUUUUUUUUUUUACUUUGUAGCUUAACACAAACUAAGCCAGUACAAGUUUGCCAGUUUAUCUUAUUCCUCGCUUUAGCCAUGUGUAUCCACUGUAGCUUGUAGUUUAUACUUUGACAGUGUUGGACACCGGAGGGCACGGCCAAUCAUCACCAAAAAAAAAAAAAAAAGGCAUGUCCUGAUUCUGCCAAGCAAAAGGGAAUCUUGGAUUAACAUUUCCAUUUUUAUCACCUAGUUGCUAACUUGAUCAUCUGACAGAAUUUCUUUUCAUGUUUUCAUCUUGACUUGGCAUGGAAUAUUUAAUGGUCAUUUAAUAGUUUCACUAGUCAGUUGCUUGUUGACUUAAUAUUAAAGGUGCCGUUUGCUGCUAGAUGCAUAAAAAUAUAGUUUUUAAAAUAACUUGGACAAACUGUGAUGUGUGUUAUUGCAGUAGUUAGCUUCUUUAAUGUUUUAAGUUUUGUUUUUUGGGUUUUUUUUUUUUCUGGUCCAGAAAUCGGCGCUGCCCCAGCAUCAACACCACUGCUCAAAUAUUUCCAUAAAAAAAAAAAGCAUAGGGGUUUUAGUUCAAAUUGAGUAAAUUAGAAAAGCUCAUCAUCUAAUGUUAUCUCUCAUUGCAGUUUUCUUCACAGACAGCAGAGGGCUCUAAAUCACAAACUGCUCCUUUAACAUCAUUUGCUAUCAGAGGGCAUAAAAUGUUGCAUAAUUAAAGCCAGUAAUCAGGUUUGCAAGCAUGUUAGGUAUUAGCAAAGUUAAUUUUUCUAAGUUAAAAAUUGUGUAUUCUUUAUACUUUAAGUGAAAGCAGCGUGUUUACACUGGAAAAUUAAGCAAAAAUGUUGUGUACUAUUAAUACCUGGAGGAGAUCAGGGGUCGUCAAGUGAAAAGGCAAACUAUUUCAGCAGAAAAAAAUAGUCCAGCGAGCACAUGAACUGGAUCUUUUGCGGUUUAUCCAAUCACAAGCAUUUAUGUGUGAAUCAUUUAGCUGAAGGCAGCUCAUCAAACCAGAGAUGAGCUAGAGGGUGAGGGAUAUAAUCUCAAAACGGGAGACUAUCCGAGAGCUUUCUUUUUGUUUACCCUCUCUGACUGAUUAGUGAUGGCGAUGACAUGGUUUACGAAACAAAAUGUUUAAAGAUGACUGGACAGAGAAGUACGUGUUUAUUCUCCCUGCGAUAAAAAUUCAAAGCGGACAUGUAUUAUCUGUUCAUAGACCGUUGCACUAUUUUAACAAAACCACUUAGGUGCUUUGUAAGAAAGGAAUAUUAUAUAAUUGGACCUUAGCAAAUUUUAGUUGAAGACCACCUGUGCUGGAAUGUGGAGUGGAAGCAGUUUUCGCAGUUGCUGUCUGCUGUAAUUUACAGAAGGGGCCAGAACCAUUACAGGAAGCUGCACAGUCCACAAUUUGUGUUGUACAUAUUGUGUAUUUAAGACUGGUAAGCUAGGUUAUGUCAAGCUGAAGAAAAGAAGUAGUGAUGUCACAUGAUCAAGUAUGCUAAUCCGUUGUAAAUUACACUCCACCUUCUUUAACCAGUGAUACCUGCCACUCGGCAAAAUCAGGACAGUGCUUGCAUUGUUAGACACAACAGAGCUGCAAAUGUGCCAAAACACCUGAAGCUCCUUUCCUGCAUGGCUGCUGGUGCUAUGCUGUUGAGGACUGGGGCGCUCUCUUUCUCUCUGUCUGUCUGUCUCUCUCUCCUUUCAUUCUUUCUCUCAGGAUAAGCUUAGAUCAACACUGUACUCAAGCACACUGCUACUGUAUGUCGGACCAAACAGUCAUUGACAUUAUUGCUGAUUCUCAGCGAGCGAGUAUUUAUGAGUGUAAGUGAUGUAUUACAGAGCCUGUGUCCUGUGCCAAUGGUGGUGUAGGGAUUUUUUUUUUUUGUCAUUUAUUUUCCAAGAGGAGGAGGAGGAGGAAUGUUUAUACUGUGAGUCCUGCUCUCAGAGGAACAGGCGCUUUAUAAGGUCAAAGCUUUUGACAGUUUACCACCAUGUUGUUGUAUUUUAUUAUUAAUUGCUCCUGUUUUAUUAAUAUUAUUUUUAAGCCAAUGCAUGCCAAGAUUGUAUUUCGACAAAACAUGUGCCUUUCUACAUAUCUAUUUUAAUAUUUCAAUGUUACUCAGUUGAGAAGCUCUGGGCUCGUUGGCCUGACAAUGCUCCAAUAGACUCCUAAAGAUUCUGCUGUCAUUAAAAAAAAGAAAAAAAUACACACAUACAGCCUUUGGCAUUUGGUGAAAGAGCCAAUAAAAUUCAAUGGAACCAGAUAAGUACUAUUGCAUAUGCUUCUGCUUCUUGUAUUUUAGCUUGUCUUUAAUAUUUUCAUGGGAACAUGACCCCAAAAUAUCGCCCCCUGAGCUUAAAAUCAGUUCUACGGACCCUUUAGUACAGAUUUACCAGUCAAAAGUUUCGACACGCCUUCUAAUUCAAUGUUUUUUCUUUAUUUUUAUUCAUUAAAAGUCACUUCAUGUCUUAAAGUAA